AUGGCAAAAGGCCAGAAACAGCAAUCGGCUCCGAACAAGGACAUCCACGCCCGUAUAUCCUUCUUAUACCAAGCAUCGACAUUCCUCGCAAAUCAGGGUCCAGGAGGACAGGGUUUGUCGAGGUUCUACGUUGCUACGGCGAAGGGCGUUGCUCGGAAAGCCGUACUACGAGUUGAUCGCAAUGUCAAGCGCACCCUCUGCAAACGCUGUGAUACACGCUUGAUCCCGGGUGUCACGUCAACGACUGAGAUUGAAAAUUUGUCAAGGAAGAAUGCUGAACACGCUGAUACGCUCAAGACUACAUGUGGUCAAUGUGGAACUGUGAAGAGGUUCCCGUGUGUGCAGAGGAAGGAGGAAGGUGUAGAGGGUGAGGAUCAGAAUGUCACUGAAGCUGAGGUGCAGGCAGCAGGCUGA